AUGAACCUGGCAACGAUGAGUAAUAUGAGUUGCCUGCGGCUUCAUUACACUGGCGUUUCUUCAAAGUAUCCACCCAGAAGAAUUCUUGCUCUUGGUACUUACAAGAAGCAUACAGAGAUGCCCAUUAAGUCUUCCAGUGAGAUUGGGGCCAGAAACAAUCUUAAGCUUGCUGCACUUGUCAGUUCUGUAACAGCGGGAAAUUUGGUUGCUGGGCAAGCAGCAAAUGCUUCGAGUAAUGGAAAUAUCAGUGAAGAACUUACUUCUCUUUAUACUUUAGCUGAUGGGGGCAUUGGAGAUUGGUUUGGAAGCCUUUUAUAUUCAGCUGGCCAGCAGGCGAAUGAAGCUGUUUUAAACCAAUUGUCUGCCCUUAGUUUCACAAGUUUGGCUGUUAUCUUUGGUGCUGGACUGGUAACUAGCCUCUCGCCAUGUACUCUCAGUGUCUUGCCACUCACCCUCGGUUACAUUGGGGCAUAUGGCUCGGGAAGAAGCAGAGCAGAGGUGGUUGGAGAUUCACUUGCAUUUGCACUAGGAUUGGCGACUACGUUGGCAUUGCUUGGAGUAGCUGCCUCGUUUGCUGGGAAGGCUUAUGGUCAGAUAGGUCAGGGCCUGCCGGUGGCUGCUUCUUGUCUAGCAAUUGUGAUGGGUUCUAAUCUCUUAGAGAUCAUUGAGAUUCAGCUUCCCUCAUUUUUCGACAAUUUUGAUCCCCGAACAGCGGCAGCUAAGUUUCCUUCAAGUGUUCAAGCAUACUUGGCUGGGCUUACAUUUGCUUUAGCAGCAUCACCUUGUAGUACUCCGGUCUUGGCUACCUUGCUCGGAUAUGUUGCUGCUUCCAGGGACCCAGUGGUAGGGGCCAGCUUACUGUUGAGUUACACCACGGGCUACGUUACUCCUCUGCUUCUUGCUGCCUCCUUUGCUGGAGCAUUGCAGAGCCUUCUCUCCUUCCACAAGUUUUCAGCAUGGAUUAACCCGAUGAGUGGUGCUCUACUAUUAGGCGGAGGUGUCUACACCUUGUUAGACAGGCUUUUCCCCACUACUACAAUGGCAAUGUAG